AAUAGAUCUCUUUGUUUUAUGUUCCUUUGCGCAUUUGGACUCGUCACACUACUGCAGCAGAUUCUCUAUGGGAAAAACUACAUUAAGAGCCUUCUUGACUGGUCGUAGCCUACAUCUUACAGAGGCAUCAGAUUAUCACAAUGCAACUGAAAGCUAUUGGAGCUGAUGAUGAUGAUUACUGCUAUCGACACUAUAAAGAUGAUGUGUAUUUCUUAUCGGUCCCUGUUAAAUAAAUCAUUUCACCAGAUUGCACCCAGCUCACACACAGCCACUGCAGAGCCAUGUUUUAUCAUACCUCUGCAACAGUACCUGUCUCCCUGAUAUGGAUGGUCCUCUUUCGUACUCAUCCACCCGCAUUUAAUCCGCUAAAUUGCAGGCCCCCUUUCAUUACAUUCUGAGACAAAUUUCAGUGCGAGACGAGCAGAUGCAGAGAAGCCGGGAUGUUUUAUCUUUAGGUGGCUAAAACAAAAAAAAUAUCCCACAAAGAACACCAAAUCUCACUCCAAACCAAAAGGAACAAUCUGAAAACUUUAUCCCCACCUCCAGAUAUGUUUGCACAUAUAUGUUACCUUCAAAGCAAACAUAUAUGCGCUUCAAUCUGAAAGCUCCCCACAGCUGCUAACCCCUCCCCUGCCACCCUGCUGGGCUGGUCUGAUGAUACUUAAUGUGGAUUCAUGGCAUCUCGACCUCUGCGGUGAGAUGCAUGAAUUCAGACCCGACACACACACACACACACACACACACACACACACACUUUCCUUCGCCUGUGUCCCUCUGGGAGUAAGAUGGGAACAAGCCACCCAACAGAAAGCAGUGGGCUCAUGCAGCGGCAGCCAUUUUGCUACAGUCUGUCUGCACACACACCUCAGUGCAAGUGGGGGACAGAGGGGAAGGAGACGUGCGCAACAGUUUAGCCGACUCAAAGGGGACGAGACAGGAAAUUGGACCGGUCCCGUUAAUUUCUCGGAUGAUGGAUCUCUGAAGCCUGCCAGAAAUGGAAGGAAAAGAUGUUUCCGUCAGAAUUUUCAGCCAGAUUCACAGAUCUCCGUAAUAGUCACACCCUGCCUAGCUGAUAUUAAGAAGAAAAAAAAAAGGUAUCUGGAAAGCUACGAUGGCUCAUAUGAAUACAACUCCACUGCAUGCAGGGAGCUCAGACAGGAGAUUAUGGACGUCAAAGUCUUGACAAUAAACUUUAAUCGGAAAAUACAUGGCCAUGGAUAUCCUUCCUCAUUCCACAAGUCUCUCUGCCUGUCUGCCAGGGUGAAAACUUCAGAUCUGUUUGAGAGAUGGCGAAACCUGCAGGUGUGUAGAUGGGAGCAGAACAAGGAGGAGGCCGGCAACUUCAAGAUGUCUCUGUCUCGCUGCUGUAAUGCUCCUUCCUUUCUGUUCACCACCAAGAGGAACACUCCUGCAGGGACCAAACUGAGGUACGAGGUAGAUACCAGUGGUAUUCUUCCCAUUUCCACCGAAGUCUUCAAGAUGUUCCCAGAUGAUAUGCCGUAUUCCAAAUCGCAGUACAAGAAAUGUGCUGUUAUUGGAAAUGGCGGCAUCAUCAAGAACACCAAAUGUGGAAAGGAAAUUGACUCAGCAGAUUUUGUGUUUAGGUGCAACAUACCACCCAUCAAUGAGAAGUACUCAGCUGAUGUUGGCACUAAAACAGAUCUGGUGACAAUAAAUCCGAGCAUUAUUACUGAGAGAUUUCAGAAGCUGGAGAAAUGGCGGCGACCCUUUUACGACGUCCUACAGAAUUACGAGAACUCCUCAGUGGUGCUUCCCGCCUUCUACAACACCCGCAACACUGACGUAUCUUUCAGAGUCAAGUACAUGCUGGAUGACUUCGACUCCCAGCGAGGCGUCUUCUUCUUCCACCCGCAGUACCUGCUCAACGUGCAGCGUUUCUGGGCGGUGCAGGGCGUCCGGGCCAAGCGGGUCAGCAGCGGCCUGAUGCUUGUGACCGCCGCCUUGGAGAUGUGCGAGGAGGUCCACCUCUACGGUUUCUGGGCGUUUCCCAUGAACCCCUCUGGCAUCUUCAUCACUCACCAUUACUAUGACAACGUCAAGCCGCGGCCGGGCUUCCAUGCGAUGCCCCAUGAGAUUUUCAACUUCAUUCACAUGCAUACUCGUGGGAUCAUCAAUGUGCACACGGGGCCGUGCACGUGAUCGCCCACUUCUCUGCUUUAACAUGGUUGACCUUUUAGUUACAGGUUGUGUUCUAUUUCAGUAAAUGAGACACUUCACCAUUUCAAAACAGAGAGUCGGCCUUCAGAGCGUACACUUCUCUGCACGUAUUCCACGACACAGUGAAGGUGGCCCACUUUAACUGCCGACAUACUUCUCUUUUCGAUGUGUACCUUAAGAUGUCUACUUAGCCAAUUAAAUCACCACGGUUGUCUCCGACUCUCUAACCAUAGGAUGCUUGUUUUUAAUGUGAAAAGUGGUCUUCAUAGUGAUGUUGUGUCUGUGAAGUUUUCUAGUGGCUCUGCUGUACAGAGGUGUUUCUACUCAACAUUGCACAGAUAUUUACGCUGAAAUGGGCCGCAGUGGGUGUCUUUGUGCCCCCUCAUUCCCCCUGUCUUCUCUCGUUAUCUUGGACACUCUGUGGGUGUGGCAGCUUUUAAUGUUUGUGUAAAACAAAACCUGGACUGUAGUAUUAAGCUAAUAUUUGAAAAAAAAAAGAUAAAAUUCCAACAUCUUAUUGUCUACUUUUGUAAUCUAUUUCCUAUUCACCAGAUUCACUGGGUGAACAUUUUAAAAACACUAUUGACAUGGCCUGUUUUCAGGGGCCUACUCUCUACUAAUUAAAGACAUCCUCUGGUAUUUCUGGUGAAGAAAGUUGUGCAUGCAGAGGCGAGGAUGUUUUUCCCCCUUUUUCUUUCUUGGCUUGUCAUGAUUUUGGACAAAAACUAGAUUAAUAUUUCAAAAUGACACCACGUGAGCAAAACUCGAUGCCGUCCAAUUUGUAGAGCAACAUUGUACUCGCAGUACUGUUGGAAGCGACCCAGCGUCUCGUUGUCAUUCAUGUCUUAAGCCAUGCUGCCUUAUGAGAUAUCGAACCCCUCUACAUGAUAUGCAAUGCACCCGUGUGUUUUGCUUAUCUACAAAUACAUUAACAUCAAACUAAAUUGUAGUUUUAUUCUUGAAUCAAAGGAUGUUUAAGACUCUCUAAGGUACAUAAAUUCAUGUGCGGCUCUCGGCUUAUAUUCUAUUGCAAUUAGCGAAGUCUUACCCCCCCUGUAAAGUCCAUUCAUAAUCAUGUAACGCUCUGCAUGACUUUACUCUAUACUUGGCUUUGUGUGUGCCUGCUUCAAUGAUCACUGAAAUGUUUACACAUAAGCCUCCACUGGAGCUCACAGUGCUCUUGGAGAUAUAUACACAAACACAGAGAGAAGAUAGGAUUCGUUGAAUUGUACAAUAGCAGACCCAGUUCUUAUUGAUCAGACAUGCACGAAGAUGGUUGCUGAACUUUUUGUGAACUUCUACGACACUUUCAUUUCUACUGUAAUGUUUCCCCUUACCAUUUGAAAUGUGGACAUUCAGCUUGCACUCCAGAAAGCAUCGUGCAUUCACGCACUGGAGAGCUGUGAUGGUUUUUACUGUUUAUUUAGUUUUACACUGCAAAAGGUUUUAAGAGGCUGUAACAUAAUUCUUAAUUUCUCCUCUGUUCAACCUCUGCUCAGCACUUCUCCAUUAGUUCUUUGUGUUUGAGGGACAUCGUUGCUGACAAGAUGUAUGUUGUUUAUUUCACGAUUUAUACAGACUAUUUGUGUUUAUGCACAAGAGAUAUGAGCAAAUAUGAACACCAAAUGUUUUGGCUUGACCACUAAAUUGUUGCACAGACACAACUGAAUCAAGAAUGGCAAAGGAAGGGAACUGGUCUGUGUACUGAAAAGAGGUCACGGUUAACAGUGCUUCUUAACUGACUCUGGAUCAUUCUUUAUAAUGGUAUUGUGUUUGUAAAUAAACUUGUUUGGAUUUUCUCA